AUGGAAGAAAGGUCUGACUCUCCCACACCUGGCUCUUCGGAGGCUGAGAAGGCGGCCACAACUGGCUUUGCGCCCAGGAUAUCGGAAGCGAUGGCCGAGCUCUUAUUGAACACGGUGGUUGGCACGGCCAAGAUGGUCCAGGUUUCUGCUGAAGCCCAAAAGACCGCACAGCUGGCUUGUUUCCAUGCGGAGCAGGCCAUGGCCCAAGCCCGGCUGAGCUACACAACCUCGCGAGGGCUGGCCGAGCAGCUCCUGGGCUUCCUGAGUCCCCCCGACUACCAGGGGCUCUUCCAGAUCCUGUCACAGCCUCCCAUGACGUACUCCGAGUUUUGCGACACCAUCCGACGUACAGAAAACACCCUCCUGCACCCCAUCUUCAGGAGCAAGCCAGGACUUCCAGCCCAGAGGGAUCCCAGCCCUGACUCUGAAUGCUGCAGUUCGUCAGACAAUCCAGAACUGAGCUAUCCAAAAAGGAUUCAUGAUCUCCAGGUCUUUAUAUCUCCUUGCACACAUGAAGAGGAGGAGGCAGAAGAGGAGGAGAGCCACUCUCUGCAUAUCAGGGGGAGAAACCCUUCACGGCACAAGCAGGUGGAGACGGUGCUUCUGGAGGAUCAGAUGGGGGGGACCUAUGUGACCCAGCGCCGCCGCUCGCCCCGACGCUCCCCUUCUGCUAGCGUGGAUGGGCUUUCCCCACUGGUGUCCGACCAGGAACUCAGCACCAUCCAGGGCGGAUCAGGCAAAUUCCUGAGCAAAGUGACCCGGCGCCUGGAUCAUCACCAGCAGGAAAACUCAGACAGCGACACUGACCAGUCCGAGACCUCGACUAAGGACAUGGGAUAAACCUGGCCCCAGAUUCGCUGUGCUGAGAGAGAGAGGGAAUGAUGAACACACACUUCAAAUCCUCACUCAUCUUUCCUUCCGGAAUAUGAAAGGGGGAAAAGAUAACGCACCCACAAAAUGUCCAACCUGUGUGAGGGAACGGUUGCAAACCGUUGCCAAAAGAUGCAUCCUGUGUAAUAUUCGGUGCCAUGGCACAAAGGGAACGGAGGAACCAUUGGAGCCACUGCGGUUGUCACUUCUUCCCUGUCUUUUUCAUAAAUAAAGUAUAAAUGCAGCAAACAAA